ACCGCCGCUUCGUUCGUCUGUGGGUCGUGCUCCGUUUUCUGUGCUCUUUCACACACCAAAUAAUAACCUAACUGUACACAAUUUGUGAUUUAUAAACGUUUGUGUAGUGACCAAGCUGUACUAUUGUGAUUGCGGCGCAUUAAAAUCCUUUUAUGUCAUAUUAACGUCAUUGCCUCACAGCUUGUCGAGAUUGAUAUCCGUGAUGUGAUUGCGGCCGCGGACGUUGUGCCGGGCAGUGUCAGUGAGUGAGAGUGGGAGAGCCGUUAGCCAGUGCUAGUGCCUGCUAUGUGAGAUGCCGUCAGAGAGCAGCACGUGGUCGCCGCCGGCCUCCACCGAGCGCCGCAACAGCAACUCUUCAGAUGGCAGCGCCUGCAGCGGCUACUCCAAAGCUACAUCAGACAGCGCCGACUUCCUGGCGACGCGAGCCCACACCGCGUCCGUGCUGCCGGGCAAGCCUGCUGCCAACCCGCUGCAGUUCAUCAAGGUGGGGCCCGCUGACCUGGGCACCCGCGCCCGCGAGCAGCUGCGACGAGCAGAGCUCGCCAAGCGGACAGAACCAGCGCGCCUCGAGCGACAGGAAGACUGGCAGUCGAACUUAGACAAUUGGAAGUCAUCUCGCCGGAAGCGGGUGGAGCACAUAAUAGAGAGGUGUGUGGAGGUCAAACGGAUGGAGACCGAGACCAACCAGCCCAGAGGCAAGUCCAAGACCUUCAACGAGAUGAUGGAGGAACGCGCUGGUCGCAGAAGGCGGAACCCACUGGCUUUGUAUACGGACGAUGAAGCGCACGACCUCAGCGACCUGGGCAUAGGCACCUCCAGCACUAAGAGCAGCUUGAGCGAGGACUGUGACACGCACAGCUUGGCUAGCGAUGGCAUGGAUCUUGAUAAAAUCCAUUCAGACAUGGAUAAUAUGUGUAACCUUGACGGAAACCGAAAAACGGGAUCGAGUGCAAAUGAAUACGACACUUGCACCACUGCUACAAUAAGCUCCCCAGAGCCAGAAGAAUACACAUACGAAGGUGCUAUAGAAGGUUAUAAAUCCAGGAUUAUUUCAACUACAAAUAGCAAUAUUGUAAAAACAGCUGUUAACAAUAGUGACAGAAACGAUAAAGACAAAUCACCUGAAAAAUUGAAUGGUGAUAUUUAUAAAAUCAGAACUUCAGUCAGCAAUAAAAUAGAACAAAAGUUAACAUCUUUCCAAUUGGAGCGUUCAAACGAUCUAAAGAAUAAUAACCCUAAGAAAGAUUUACCAAAAGUGGAUAUACACAAACGAAGAGAACAUUUUGAACGUGAAAACUCACAAGAGUCACACACAAAUAAACCAAAAUUACCAGAUAUUACAAAUAAAAAAACAAUAAAAGAACGACUUUCCCAUUUAGAAAAAUUUACUGAAGAAAGUCAAUUGGUAAAAUCGACAAGUGAUCUAACAAAAUUACCAACAGAAGUCAAACCUUUAAAAGAUAGAUUGUCUUGUCUAGAAAAAGUAACAUCUACAGAACCUGACAAAGUCAAACGUUUAUCAAAUGGUGAUCUAGCUUAUACAAAAUCUCUAAAAGAGCGUCUUUCUAGUUUUAAAACGCAAGUUUCAGAAGAAGAAGCAAAGUUAUCCAAAACUGGAGUCAAAGAAGUAUCUAUGAGUCUUAAAGAACGUCUGUCAUGUCUAGAUGCAGCAAAGAAUAAAGAAAUACCAAAAAUAUCUGUUGAAAAUGAUAUAAUGAAUGUUGUAAAAUCUUCGAAGAGUACAGUAAAUAAUUCUGAUAAAACAGAUUUAUUGGGAUUAGAAGAUCAAAUGCAAAGCUUUUGUCGCUCACUUGAUAGUUUAGAUAUCAACGAACAAACUUCUCAAACCUCUUUUGAAAGGGCACAAAGUCUUGAAGACUUUGACUGUGCUGAAAUGCAAAGCAAUGCUAUUCCAAGUGACAUCGAAACUGAAGAUAGUGGUAUACAUACUGCACGAGACUCUUGUGCACCAGCAGAUGAUAUUGCUGAUUUAACGCAGGUAGCGUCUCCUAUCGAAGAGCCUAUGAUUGAAGUUUCGGAAUAUGACUCUUCAAACGAGGAUUUAAUCACGGUAGAAACGAAAAUUGAUGAACCAACUGAAACUAAGUCUGCAAAUGAAAGUCAAAUCAAAACGGACCUGUUCAUAGAAGAAGUUAGUGAACAUGAUAACAAGACUGAUAAUAGUGAUAGCACAAGCAACUACACUCAAGCUUUAUCACAUCCUGAUGAGUUCACUGUUACUGAAGAACUAACCGAAAUACAAAUUGACAAAGAAGAUGAAGACACACUUAAAAGCUUAGAAAACCAAGACUCCAGUGUAAGUCUUAAUGAACCAGUUUCAAAUGCAUCGGACGGUGAUACGGUGGUCUUUGAGGGCAAAAUGACGAUACACUUAAACUUGAAUGAAAUCUGUAACAACUUAAACUCUGGUGCUGGGCAUACUAGUAUAAGCGGGAGUAGCGACAACGAAACUACUAACAGCAACAAUACAACUAACAAAAGCAUGCCUAUGGUAAUUGAUGCGUUAGAACUAGCGUUUAAGGAACUUGAUUCUGAAGAGAGUGUAGAUAUUACAAUGAAUAAUAACACAGCUGAACCUCCAAAGGCUGAAGCGCAAUUAGAUGAGAAGAUAGAAGAAUUAGUAUUUAAUAAUAACAAGAAUGCACCACUUGCUCCAUUGUAUGAAAAUAUUGAUAUAUUUGGACAAAACCAUGUAGUUGACACAGGAACUUUUCCUUUAGACAUGCCAUCGAAAGUUUUAGAACCUCCCAAAGAAAAACCACCUCCUCCUCCCCCAGAAGAUAGUCCUGAUGAUGAACUACUUGGAAAUGGUAACUUUAAACAUAACAACUCUGCGCGCCGCAUCAAAAAAGAAAUACGAAACAAACGCAGCAGUUUCCUCGGGAUUGAAGGUGAUGAUAGUUACCUCGAUGUUGAUUUAACACUAGCACCGAGACCCGAUCUCACUUCGUUCCUACAAGAAGCGACUAAAAUUGAGAAACUUUUGUAUAAGAAAACGCUGUCACACGAUAUGGAUGCGAAAUUGAGAGACAGCAGAGAUUCUGGUGUUGAUAUUGAUAGAGGACCGUCGGCAGAGGCGUGGUACAAGGGAUCAUCUCCUGAAACAUCGGCACCGCACAGUAGACAGAAUAGUGAGCCAUACACUCAAAUAACAGUGACAUCUGAUGAAGAAGAGGCUACUAAGAAACAAGAGGACAAUUUUACGAAGAGCUUAACAGACAAGCUAACAGACAUACAAACAAACGAUGAUACAAAGAUAGAGCACUUGGAUAAGAAAAUACAACAGCAACAGGUGUGUGUGCAGGCCGUUCGCAUUAACGACGGUUGGUCGCGGGAGCAUUAUGACGAUGUUCACACUAAGGAAGUAUUACGAUUCGAGCGUGAACUCCUACAACUUGAGCAAGAAGAACUGAGAAGACAGAGGGAGAACCUGAUUCGAGAUCAGAACCGCAUCAUACAGAAAUCGGUACAGGACGUAUCAAAAGGCAGCACACCAGAGAAGCAUCAAGCCAAAGGUGUAAAUAACUACAGACACUCGAUGCCCAACUUGUUGUUAGCUGAGAGGGAUAGAUUACAAAGAGCGCCAAUUAAUGACAACUUGAAACGUAAGCCCUUCGUAUCAGAAGAACACAUUGAGAGUCACUUUGGUGUCGAGGAAAGCAGGAAGGUGUUGUAUGAUGAUAAGAAAUACGAGAGGAGGGCAGUGCCGAACGUGAUGAGACCGACUCAACCUGUGCUGCCACCGAAACCGAAGAGCAGGGAGUCCAUUGAGAGGGAAAUAACUAUGAGAAGCAGCCGGGUUCCGUCGGCCGUGGAGUACGUGAACGUGGAUGGCAGGAUCCCUCAGCACCGGCGGGUGUCCACCGGCAGUGGCGCCCUCUACCACCCCAUGACGAGGCACACUCUACAGGCUCUGAGCGCUGCGCCGACACCAAAGCUGAUGACCAACUCGGAGUGGCUUCAGAGCCGAAACCCUCCGCGACAGAAACCAAACAACUACAACUAUAACAACCACUGGCUCGUUCAGGAAGCUGAACAUCGUCGCAUCGAGGAACAGAAAAACCGGGGCCGCGUCAGACACUCCUACCACGAAGCUUCUGCGCCGCUACAUACCAUGACGCACCUCAGUCAUAGUCAGCAGCAGCUCCCUCAGGAGCGGCGACCAGUGCGGCCCGACUCCCUGUCCCGCGGGGACCCGGCGCGGGAGGACAAACUAUUGAGUGUUAGCGGCCGGAGGAAGUGCUCCGCAUGCGGGGAGGAACUAGGUCGGGGCGCGGCCAUGAUCAUCGAGUCUCUGUCGCUGUGCUACCACGUGUGGUGCUUCACGUGUGCGGUGUGCGGCGCGGCGCUCGGAGACGGACGGGUCGGCGCCGACGUGCGAGUGAGACAGCAACAGCUACACUGCCACGCCUGCUACUCCACCGACGAUGGAGACAAGUACUCGCGCGUCUAGCAGCCGACAACACCACCUCCUGGACUAUAACGGGACUAGUACGAACGAGACAAGUCUUGAACGAGAUAGCAACAGCGGCACUACCGCUCUAUACACUCACGACGAGUACCUACGUAUGAAGCGAUAUGUUAAAAAAAAAAAAAAACAAAAAAUGUAAUUGUUUUAUGAUAUUUUUCCACAGUGUAUGUGAAUUAUAAAAUAAAGAUAAGAUUUAUGAGAGAUAAAUAAAAUCUAAACCUAGCAAAUGCGUAUCGAAUGUAAUAAAAUAAAAUUUAGUUAAUAGAUUUAACUCAUAAAAAUCUUAAUGAUCAAUCUGUCAAAUUUUGUAAAAAAAAAUAUAUUGAAAAGUGAUAAAAUUAAUAUUAAUUCACAAUUAACAAUUUUAUAUAUGUUGGUUUAUAACUUUAUCUUGGUUUCCUGUAAAUGAUGUUUUCUAACAUGUCGCUUUGUACGUAGAGGCCAGGUAGAAGCUGACAUGUAUCAGAUAGUAAACUGAUACAUGUCAGCUUCGAGUGAAACAACAUUAACGUACUUAUAACUAAUAUGAAGAAAAUAGAAAUAUUAUACUCUAUUGUGCUUGUUUCAUGAACUAAAGGAACUUUCGGGAAGAAAUUCCAAGAGUCUGGAAUUAAUGACAUGCCUUGAUGUAACAAUAAUGUUAGUUAGCUAUACUAAAGGAUUCAGAUUAUUUCUCAUAAUAGUACUUUUGUAUCAAUGUUUUAAUGUUAAGCAUCUAUUUUAAUAAAUCACUAUAAUCAUACAAUAUUGAAAGUGAUGUACCAAAAACUGUAAAGUGAAUAAAAUACCAAUAUAUUACGUUAGAUUCUUACAUCUUCUCUACUCUUCAUCUUACAUCUUCUCUUCUAAACAUUAACUUCUUUAUCUUUGUUACUUCACAACAAUUCUUAGAAUAUUAUAUUAAUAUAUAUUUAUCUUUUGUCAUAACUAUUUUCCUUAUAUUAUUAAGUAAUUAGCAAUAAUAAUGGUUUUAAUACUGGAGCAAGCUUAUUAGUAGAGCUAGGAAUACCUACCGCAAUUUGGAUAGCUGACCGGCGUAGCUAAUUAAUCCAGUAUUUAUUUAGUAACCAGUUUAUAAUACCAACUAUAGCAUAGAACGCAAGUCAUUGUAUGAUUAAAAAUCUCAUUAAUAAUACAAUGAAAUGAGAGUGAAUGCAAAUAAAAUAAUCAUUUAAACGACCUACACGCCACACCUAGCGCACCACAAAACGUCUUUGGACUCAGCCCGAACUGAGUCCACUAUUGCACGCUUUUGUUUAUCUUCCAUCGUAGUGUAAGUAUUCUAGAUCCCUCAGCAACUCCUUAUUUUACUAAGAUAUAUUAUUUAACUUUUUUAAUUUUUCUGUGUGACACUAUCCAGAACUGGUUUAACUUCUUAAAUAUUAUAGCCUUCAACGCUUCGUCCCGCUAAAAGUAUACAGCGGUUUCAUUUAAAUAGUCGUAUAAUACUUAACCUUGCCUUUAACACUAAGUAACUGAUAAAUUUGCCGUUAGUAACCAAUAUUUGCAAGCAACGGCCUUUAACGUUAGUUUUUUAUCUAUCUUUAAGAUACCAAAUCAUUUACAUAGUGACUUGUCACCAAUCAGCGCAGUUAAUACGGCGCCGCAUCUUUGGUGUUAGCCUUUAUAAUUCAUCCUCAUAUAUUUGUGCCAUGCCAUAACAUGUCUAUUCGUUCACCCUCAUUCAAUAAUUAUCGCAAUCCUCAAGUUGGUAUACACUAAUACCAGCCAGAUAUCCGUCAUAUCAUUAACGCAAUUAUAACGCCACAAUUGAAUAUAGCCACAAGUAAUUCACUUUACGGAAAUUUUGUGAUGUGGCGUGUUUUAAAUGUGGAGCAAUAAUUAUUGUGGUUAAAUAAAUCUAUGGCUGGUUGCGGCCCACUUCGAUGUAAUAAUAGCUGUGAUGUAAUAAUAUCUAGACAAUGAUGCCGUAUUUUAAAUAUAGAAACAAUAUCAUUUAUCUUCACAAGUGUUAAACUAUAUGGAAUUAUUAUAAUACACGACAAUAGACAAAGUUAUUUAUUUUGUACGCCACAGUUUGUCUAGAUAUUAUUACGGUCAAUAUUAUUUAUAGUUUAACUCGUUCUAAGUUUGAUUUUUAACCCGGGGGAUGUUGUAUAGUUUUGUAUAUAAUUCUAAUUUAUGCGACAAUUGUGUUAAUUAGCUUUAAUUAGUAUUCUAGUGUAGUUUAACACUUAUCCAAAUAUGUUAAAUGUAUCUGUUAAUAUAUCACACAUCACUCUAACAUCAUUUGGGAAUAUUUUUGAUGAAUCUUUUUUUUUAAUAUUUUAUGGAGCACUUAUAUAUCCUUACAUGUAAUUAAUAUGGCGAUGUACAUAGUUUAAGGAACAACUUGUAUCAAUAAAUAAAUGUUUUAAACAAAUA